GUUUCUCUUGAUUACAGUGGUUUCUAACAUCAUCCAUAACCGAGGACGAAGAUGCAGCAUGGUGGAAACAAGAGUGGGGGGAAGUCCAAUGUGUGGGCUAACGCUAAUUUGACUAAGACAAUGGCAGCUUUAGACGAGUUCAAAUCUGGAUUCCCAUCAGGCGCUUUAUCAACUGUAUCAAACAAAUGGUGGGGAAGACCAGAGAAAGGCGGACGCGAAGAUGGAGGAGAAGAGAUUACUGAAGAUGGAGAUGUCAAGGACGAGGCAGCUUCUGAGAAACAAAGUUCUUUGGUAGCUAUUAGGAAAAGAAUAGCGGAAGAAGGAAGGGAACAUGGUCUGCGUCAAGGAUUUGGUUCAAAAAAACCAGACAAGAGAGAUCAUGCCCUACUGUUUCAGAUCUUCGAGUCUUCACUGCCAAAGGAUUGGGUUACUGAUUCUUCCUAAAUUUCGUUUUAAUAUGUUUAGAACAGAGUUUCCCUCUUAAAAUCAUGCUCUGUUAUAUGCUGUAAUGCGCAAGUUCUUUAAAGCCUGCAACUAUAUACAGUACAAUAUUUGUUGUAAUCGAAAGGAUGAAGACCUUUCUGUAAUGUUGUAAUAGUAUUCACUGGGUCAUAGGACAAGAAACCAAUAAUGUAGUAUUGCUUUGGUCAUUUUAUCAAAGUGAUUUGGAAAUACAACAGAAAGACUUGCGAUCUUAUGUGUCUAUAAAUAAGCUCUGUUGAUUUCGAAAACAUGGG